UCACCUCUCCCACCUCCACCACCACCUUUACCGGUGAAUCAUGAGAGCUCCCGUGGGUGGCGGCGGCCCUUUCAGGGUACGCUUAUGGCCUAUAGUCAUCGCAUUUACAAUAUUUGGUGUUGCUAACCUUGUAGCUGUUUCCGCUGAUAAACCUUACUUAUAUUCAUCACCACCCCCACCUUACGAGUACAAGUCUCCACCACCUCCUGUGCAUUCACCACCACCGCCUUACGAGUACAAGUCCCCACCACCACCCGUGCAUUCACCACCACCUCCUUAUGUGUACAAGUCUCCACCACCACCAGUCCAUUCACCACCACCUCCUUAUGUGUACAAGUCGCCACCACCACCUGUCCAUUCACCACCACCUCCUUAUGUGUACAAGUCGCCACCACCACCAGUCCAUUCACCACCACCGCCUUACGAGUACAAGUCUCCACCUCCACCAGUGCAUUCACCACCACCGCCUUAUGUGUACAAGUCGCCACCACCACCGGUGUAUUCACCGCCACCACCUUACGUGUACAAGUCUCCCCCACCACCUGUCCAUUCACCACCACCUCCUUAUGUGUACAAGUCGCCACCACCACCAGUCCAUUCACCACCACCGCCUUACGAGUACAAGUCUCCACCUCCACCUGUGCAUUCACCACCACCGCCUUACGUGUACAAGUCGCCACCACCACCCGUGCAUUCACCGCCACCACCUUACGUGUACAAGUCACCCCCACCACCUGUCCAUUCACCACCACCGCCUUACGUGUACAAGUCUCCACCCCCACCAGUGCAUUCACCACCACCUCCUUACGUAUAUAAGUCUCCACCACCACCGGUGCAUUCACCACCACCUCCUUACGUGUACAAGUCUCCACCACCACCAGUCCAUUCACCACCUCCUCCAUACUACUACAAGUCCCCACCACCACCAGUCAAGUCACCACCACCACCAGUAUACUACUACAAAUCCCCACCACCACCAGCUAAAUCACCUCCCCACUACUACUACUACACUUCUCCACCACCACCAACUCCCUACCACCCCCACCCCUACCCUCACCCUCACCACCGCGAACUGAUCGUGAAGGUCAUCGGAAAAGUUUACUGUUACAGCUGCUAUGAUUGGAAACACCCAAUCAAAUCCCAUGCAAAGCACCAUCUCAAAGGUGCUGUUGUGGAGGUUACAUGUAAGGCUGCUGGAGAAAAAGAUAUUGUUACAUAUGGAAAGACUAAGAUCAAUGGCAAAUUUGCAAUUACUGUUGAUGGUUUGGAUUAUUCAAAAUAUGGAGGUGCUAAAGCUUGUGUUGCUAAGCUUCAUAUGGCACCAAAUGGUACCAAAUGUAACAUUCCAACAAAUCUCCAUGGGGGUUUGAAGGGUGCCGCGCUUAAGGUCAAGUCCAAGAACGAAUAUGAGAUCGUACUUUAUGCUGAACCUUUUGCAUAUGCCCCCAAGACUCCUUUUAAGAUUUGUGAGAAGCCAAAGCCAACUCCCACUCCUUACUACUACAAAUCUCCACCACCACCUACACCGACUUACUUGUAUAAGUCUCCACCACCACCAACACCGACUUACGUGUACAAGUCUCCACCACCCCCAUACCACUACACCUCACCUCCACCACCAAAAAAGUCAUCUCCACCACCGUAUCAUUACACCUCACCCCCACCACCAGUGAAAUCACCACCUCCACCGUACCACUACACAUCACCUCCACCACCUAAGAAGUCAUCACCCCCACCAUACCACUACACUUCACCUCCUCCACCAGUAAAAUCUCCACCACCGCCAUAUCACUACACAUCACCUCCACCACCCAAGAAGUCACCACCCCCACCAUACCACUACACUUCACCUCCUCCACCCAAGAAGUCACCACCCCCACCAUACCACUACACUUCACCUCCUCCACCAGUAAAGUCUCCACCACCGCCAUACCACUACACAUCACCUCCACCACCCAAGAAGUUACCACCUCCACCAUACCACUACACUUCACCUCCUCCACCAGUAAAGUCUCCACCACCACCAUACCACUACACAUCACCUCCACCACCGAAGAAGUCACCACCCCCACCAUACCACUACAUGUCACCUCCUCCACCAGUAAAGUCUCCACCACCACCAUACCACUACACAUCACCUCCACCACCUAAGAAGUCACCACCCCCACCAUACCACUACACUUCACCCCCUCCACCAGUAAAGUCUCCACCACCACCAUACCACUACACAUCACCUCCACCACCAAAGAAGUCACCCCCACCACCUUAUCAUUACACUUCGCCACCGCCACCCUUGAAAUCACCACCCCCACCAUACCAUUACAUUUCACCUCCUCCACCUGUGAAAUCUCCACCACCACCAUACCAUUAUACAUCUCCACCCCCACCAGUAAAGUCCCCUCCACCACCUUACCAUUACAAUUCACCUCCCCCGCCUGUUAAAUUCCCGCCACCACCAUAUCACUACACAUCUCCACCCCCACCAGUUAAGUCCCCUCCACCACCUUACCAUUACACAUCACCCCCUCCACCAGUUAAGUCCCCUCCACCACCUUACCAUUACACAUCACCUCCGCCGCCUGUUAAAUCUCCACCACCUCCAUACCACUACACAUCACCUCCUCCACCGGUAAAAUCUCCACCACCUCCAUACCAUUACACCUCUCCUCCCCCACCAGUCAAAUCCCCACCGCCACCCUACCAUUACACAUCACCUCCAGCACCGGUCAAAUCUCCUCCUCCACCAUACCAUUACACAUCACCUCCACCACCAGUUAAAUCUCCUCCCCCACCCUACCACUACACCUCACCUCCACCACCUGUGAAAUCUCCUCCCCCACCCUACCACUACACCUCACCCCCUCCGCCUGUUAAAUCUCCUCCUCCACCAUACCACUACACAUCACCUCCUCCACCAGUAAAAUCACCUCCACCACCAGUCUACCUCUACGCUUCUCCUCCACCCCCAGUUCAUUACUAGUUUCUCAUAAAUUCAUCGUUCACAAGCUAGAAUCUCGUUUUCUUUAAUUACCGGUUUAAUAAAGAAGGCUCUAUAAAGAAAAGUUUGAGAACUAGUUCAAUGAAACCCUAUAUCUCUAUUCUAAUAAGGUCUUCAGUAUUGCACUUCAGGGCACCAAUCUUUUGCUUAUGGCCAUUUCCCUUCAUUUUAUUUCAUUGUUAUGCGGCGAACUCUCUCACCAAAGAACUCAAGGGUUAUUUAUAAAAUUAAAAAAAAGGAUAUAAUCGGUUUGUUGGAAGAGAAUGAUAAGUGUGUUGUGACUUUGAACAUUAUUUUUUCUUUCCUUUUAUGUAAUUCAUAUAUAAAUCGGUGGAACGUAAUUUUUUAUAAAUUACAAAUGAUUGAUUUCAUCUGUUCUUCUCA